CUUUCAAAACAACCCCCUGCCCGGCCCUCUCUUUUCGCAAGCACCUUCGCACCUUCCUCUCGUUGUUUCUAUUACGAGUGUUUUUAUACCGCAAAAGGCCGCUUCACCUUUCUCACACUCGCUCUCCAUUACUGUUGCACUUGGACCUUUCCACUUGCACUACACUUAUCCCAGCGAUUUCUCACCUGCAACAGUUUAUACACUUUCAAGUUAAUACCCUCUCACAAUGUCGAUGAAGUACGUCGUCCCGGCACUUGCUGCCAUCGGUGGCGCAUACGCCCAGAGCUCUUGCAGCGUUUCUGGUACCACUACCAUCAACGCCGCCGCUGAUGCCUCGGCCCUCUCUGGCUGCUCCACCUUCUCCGGUUCCAUCGCCAUUGCUACCGGUCUCGGUGAGGCCGUCUCGAUCCCUGGUGUUAGAAGAAUCACGGGUGACCUUACCGCAACCAACAACUCCCUGAUUCCUUCCAUCUCGGCCGACAGCCUCCAGGUCAUUGGCGGUGCUUUCACCCUCACCGAGCUCCAGGUUCUUUCGACCCUCUCGUUCCCCCAGCUCUCCCAGGUCGAUUCUAUCGAGUGGAACGCCCUCGCUGGUCUCCAGCAACUCGCUUUCACCAGCGGCGUCGAGCAAGCCAACACCCUCAGCAUCCAGAACACUCAGCUCCAGACUCUUGAUGGUAUCAACCUUGCUGUUGUCGACACUGUCUUCAUCACAAACAACAACUACCUGAACGAUAUCUCCAUGCAGCUCGGUAACAUCACCACCUCGCUGAGAAUCGAGUCCAACGGUGCCAACGUUUCCGCCAUCUUCCCCAACUUGAUCUGGGCCAACAACAUGACCUUCCGCAACGUCUCCACCAUUGCCCUUAACUCUCUCGUUACCGUUAACGGUUCCCUCGGUUUCUACUCCAACGAGUUCGAGUCUCUGCAGUGCGCCAACCUUACCAACGUCGGUACCAACAAGGGUGACUUGACCAUCGUCUCCAACUCCAACCUUAACAACGUUUCCUUCCCCUCGCUCACCAAGGUUGGUGGUGGUUUCUCCAUCCAGAACAACACCGAACUCAUGAUGGUCAACGGCUUCCCCAAGCUCGCUGUUAUUACCGGCGCUUUCGACCUGUACGGCGACUUCACCAACGUUACCAUGCCCGCUCUUAAGGAGGUCGAUGGUGCUUUCAACAUCCAGUCUUCCAGCACCCUCGGUGGCUGCGAUGCCUUCUCCAAGCUGAAGUCUGGUGGCGAGAUCCGUGGCAAGUACGUCUGCAACGGCACUGUCUCCAAACCUUCCGGUGUCGGCUCGAACCCCAGCUCUGCCAGCGGCAGCAGUGGUUCCAAGUCUACCAACACCGGUGCUGCCAACGCAAUGUACAUUCCCACUGCCGCCGCUGGUGUCAUGGGUGUCGUUGCUGCCAUGUUCGGUCUUCUUUAAACGGGUCAUUAUUGACUUGGUGUUGAUCAAAUUGCAUGGCGUUCAAUUCUGUUUUCUUUGUCUUGCGUAGACUAAUCGACGGGACAUUCUCAAUCUAUUUCAAUGCCCGAAGGUUUUUUCUACCCACAUACCGGCUCCGGGUUUGACUUGAGCGAAAGCAUUCUUUUAAAAUACAGGAUAGCGUGCAUCGAAUGGUCCUUUUACUCACAAAGUUUAUUUCCUUUCUUCUUCUAAUGGCUUCUAACGAGUUAGGCGGAUGGGGUUUAUUGUAAUAACUCUUAUCGUAUGAGAUUCUUCUUGUUCAUACUUCAAACAAUUUGGUUGUUUACCAUAUUUCUGGCAAACUCGCGUGCUGCCUCCUGAUUGGCUGA